CAAUACAAGUCUGUGAAAAACUAAGUAAAUAGUGCCCCAUUUUUCCGGAAUUAGAUAAGACUGAUAAAGCAACCUUUCCUACCAAGGUUUUGCUUUCACAGACAGUUUGCAGAGAGUUGAAGUUUAACCAGUGAGCCGUCACGAUGAUGAAGAUACUACUUUUCAUAUCUUUGUGUGGAGUGGCACUAUCUUUACGAUGCUACGACUGCGAUCCCAGGGAAACUAAUGGGUGUAGGAAUCCAGAAGAGAACAACGUUAAGAUCACAGAUUGUGAAACAACAAGUGUUCAAAAAGGAAAGGGCCUAAUUCAAUUUGACGCAAGUACAACUAAUCAAACAGAGUGCUUCACUAUCUACUUUACCCCCAACGACAAAGAGUCGGGUAGUCCUGAAGGAAUAUACAGAGGUUGUGCUCAAAGACAAACACACGGCUGUAACUACGCCGUUGGAGGACUCAUUGAAUGUCACCAGCAGUGUUACGAAGAUGGGUGCAACAAAGCUAAUGGAAGUUCUUCAGUAGCAGUAUCCAUAAUUACUUUAUUUGUUGGUUACAUUUUGUGUUUUUACAUGUAACAUAAAAUAUUAUUAAGUAAUUAGAAUUUCAAUGUAAUUAAUGCAACUCGAGAUGACAAAAAUAAACAAUGGAUCUGUAAUUGUA